GGGCCCCGCAGACGCCGCAGCAGCGCGUCCUCGUCGUCCUCGACGUCGCCGAAGACCAGCUCCUCCAAGCACCGCUCCACGGCCGGCUUGUCCUCCUCCAGCGUCUGGCGGUUCCGCUGCCGGAGCCGUCUCUCCUCCUCGGCCGCGACUACGGCGGCCGCCGCGCGCGGCCGGGCCGGCGAUUUCCGCUGAAAUGAAGGAGCAGCCUUUUGGAGCGGCCCGUCCGGCCCCGCGGCUCUAUCGUCCGGCCUCAUUCGGGUCUUCCGGUCUGGUCUCGCUCCGGCUCUCCGGUCCGGUCUCGUUCGGCUCCUCCGUUCCGGCGGCAUGGUUCGGUUUGAGAAGGAACGCAGGUGCUCACGUGGAUCCUCACUGCGCGUGCGCCGAGGCCCUUGCUUUCCGUAGCGGCUGAGGCCACAGGGGGCCGGAAAGAGGCUGCACCGCCCUGUGAGCACGUGACCAGCACUGGCCCCCUUGUGUAACGCCCAUCCCCUCACGAGCCCCUCCCCGUGUGGGAGUUCCUCCGAGAGAACCAAUCUUCCGGGUGGAGGGGGAAGCGGCGUGACUGGAGUGGAAAUUUUUUUCCAACACAACUUCGCAGCUGCAAUUGAUUGAAAGGAGCGCAAGAAAGCCAGGGUAUAAACUGAGAUGACAGGCUAAAACUGCUACUCUUCUUCCUAACUUUAACCACUCGACUUACACGAGCCCAAUCGCCUUUUCCACCCCUUCGUCUUGGUACGGCCCUUGGAGUACGGAGCCUGCAGAGGGUCCCACGCUGGAAGACAGACGGAGGACUGAACAUUCUUCACGAUCCGAAAGGAAAAGAAGAGACUCUUUCGGGAUGUUUGACGGUUAUGAUAGCUGCAGUGAGGACACGAGUAGCAGCUCCAGCUCUGAGGAGAGUGAAGAGGAAGUUGCUCCUUUACCUUCUAAUCUGCCAAUUAUCAAAAACAAUGGCCAAGUGUACACAUACCCAGAUGGUAAAUCUGGCAUGGCUACCUGCGAAAUGUGUGGGAUGGUUGGUGUGCGAGAUGCUUUUUACUCUAAAACAAAGCGUUUCUGCAGUGUUUCAUGUUCAAGAAGUUACUCGUCAAACUCCAAGAAGGCAAGCAUUUUGGCCAGACUUCAGGUAACGGGUAAGCCUCCAACAAAGAAAGCAAAAGUUCUUCAGAAACAACCUUUAGUUGCUAAACUAGCUGCAUAUGCUCAGUAUCAAGCUACCUUGCAAAAUCAAGCAAAGACUAAAUCAGUAGCAGUCUCCAUGGAAGGUUUCAGCUGGGGUAACUACAUCAGUAGCAAUAGCUUUAUAGCAGCUCCAGUUACCUGCUUUAAACAUGCACCUAUGGGGACCUGCUGGGGUGAUAUCUCAGAAAAUGUGAGAGUAGAAGUUCCCAAUACAGACUGCAGCCUACCUACCAAAGUCUUCUGGAUUGCUGGGAUUGUAAAAUUAGCAGGCUACAAUGCCCUUUUAAGAUAUGAAGGAUUUGAAAAUGACUCUGGUCUGGACUUCUGGUGCAAUAUAUGUGGUUCUGAUAUCCAUCCAGUUGGUUGGUGUGCAGCCAGUGGAAAACCUCUUGUCCCUCCCAGAACUAUUCAGCAUAAGUAUACAAACUGGAAAGCUUUUCUAGUGAAACGACUUACUGGUGCCAAAACACUUCCUCCCGAUUUCUCACAAAAGGUUUCAGAGAGCAUGCAGUAUCCUUUCAAACCUUGCAUGAGGGUAGAAGUGGUUGACAAGAGGCAUUUGUGUCGAACACGAGUGGCAGUGGUGGAAAGUGUAAUUGGAGGAAGAUUAAGACUAGUGUAUGAAGAGAGUGAAGAUAGAACAGAUGACUUCUGGUGCCAUAUGCACAGCCCAUUAAUCCAUCAUAUCGGUUGGUCUCGAAGCAUAGGCCAUCGAUUCAAAAGAUCUGAUAUUACAAAGAAACAGGAUGGACAUUUUGAUACACCACCACAUUUAUUUGCUAAGGUAAAAGAAGUAGACCAGAGUGGGGAAUGGUUCAAGGAAGGAAUGAAAUUGGAAGCUAUAGACCCAUUAAAUCUUUCCACAAUAUGUGUUGCGACCAUUAGAAAGGUGCUGGCUGAUGGAUUCCUGAUGAUUGGGAUCGAUGGCUCAGAAGCAGCCGAUGGAUCUGACUGGUUCUGUUACCAUGCAACCUCCCCUUCUAUUUUCCCUGUUGGUUUCUGUGAAAUUAACAUGAUUGAACUUACUCCACCCAGAGGUUACACAAAACUUCCUUUUAAAUGGUUUGACUACCUCAGGGAAACUGGCUCCAUUGCAGCACCAGUAAAACUAUUUAAUAAGGAUGUUCCAAAUCACGGAUUUCGUGUAGGAAUGAAAUUAGAAGCAGUAGAUCUCAUGGAGCCACGAUUAAUAUGUGUAGCCACAGUAACUCGAAUUAUUCAUCGUCUCUUGAGGAUACAUUUUGAUGGAUGGGAAGAAGAAUAUGAUCAGUGGGUAGACUGUGAAUCCCCUGACCUCUAUCCUGUAGGGUGGUGUCAAUUAACUGGAUAUCAACUACAGCCUCCAGCAUCACAGUCAUCAAGAGAAAGCCAAUCAGGUUCAUCAAAACAGAAGAAAAAGGCUAAGUCCCAGCAAUACAAAGGACAUAAGAAAAUGACUACAUUGCAGCUGAAGGAGGAGUUGAUAGAUGGAGAGGAUUAUAAUUUCCUCCAAGGAGCAUCUGAUCAGGAAAGCAAUGGCUCUGCCAACUUCUACAUCAAACAAGAGCCCUGAGGUUGCUCAGAAACUGAGGGUGGGAGGGAAAGAAUUUUACACAGGACUGAUUUAUAAUCAAUCCAGCUGUACAGUGGGGCUAUUCUACUGGAACAUUUUGCUAAACAUAGAAAAUUUCAGUUCCAGAUUUUUCAAGUGGGUAGGGAAACUAUUUUAGCUGUGGGGGGAAAUUUUUCAAUUUAUAAAGAUGGACAAUUUUUGUGUUGUAUUUGAAGCUUUUGAAAGAAUUUUGUAAUAUUUUCCAAGUUUGGAUUUAUGUGCAUUGUUAACAAGAACUGAAAUUCUAACUUUUUUGGUAAGAUUAAAGUUUAGGUAGCAGGAUUGAAGGAAAUGAUUUAAGAAGGAUAUAGUUGUAAAUGCAAAUGAACUGUCAUUACAAAUGAACCUUUUUGGUACCUGUUGGGAGAUUUUGGGAUUUUGGAAGUUAGGCCAGUCACAUCUCCAGCUUCCUCUGCUGCAGAAUAUGCAACUGAACGUCCCCCCCCAUCCCCGCCCCAUGGAGAGCUCAUCACCACAUAGAUCACGGAAGGGUAAUUAAUUCUGCUUGUUGGCAUUUUAUUGCAGCCCAUUUUAAAUAUUUGUACAGAAAUGUUUUUCAUUCUGUGAAAAUUUCUUUAGAGUUCUGUAUGAAACUGGAAGAACUCUGGAUACUUUUAUAUGUUCUCUUUUAAUUAAAAAAUGAGUAAAAUUAUCCUAACACUAAAGUGUUAAACUGGAAUGGUUGACAAGAUAUACGAGAUCUCAGUCUACAUGUUGAGGGGUUGGGGAAAAUGCAAUAUUGUCCUAAGUUUAUUUUAUUUUCCUUACUAAAAAAUACCCCACAAAAGGGAUUCUCAUCAGUUCUCUGCCAUUUCUCUCCAUCUGUGAGAUAAUACUUGGUAUAACCACACCCCAAAACACAUGUUCUGUAUUACCAGGAGAAUCAAAUUAACAGUUGUUUAAAGCCAAGAUAAGUUUAGAUUUCAAAAUCAUUCCAGCUCUGCUUUUAACUAUCCUGGAUUUGUUAGAAAACUAAUUUGAAAGAGAAUUUAAUUUUCUUAAAAUUUAAAGACAAUUCAUACUAAUUAUAUAUAUAUAUAUGUAUAUGUAUAAAAUUAGUAUGAAUUGUCUUUAACUCUAUUCAGAAUUAAUUUUAACAAUAAUAAUGGAUUUGGACCAUUUUGAACAUUCCCUAUUUUAAAAUUCACAUGGCUUCCUUUGAAAAAAGGAUAUAAAGGUAAAUUGGUGAAAGGUUUGCUCUCUGCGUUUUUUGACUUUCUGAGUUGUGACUGAAUGAGAGAGCUUUAGCAUUUACCAGUGAGGUUCAUAAACUAAACUCUCAGGAAUUACUUGCAUCUGUUCUAGAAGUGCUUCUGGGUCUUAGCCUGGCCUCUUCAGAGUGGUAAUAUUGACCAUCUCCUCUGGAAUAUAGGUAGGGCUAAUUAGAAAUUAAUCAAAAUGAUUAACCUCUACAGUCCUUCAGCCUAUGGAAUGCUUUAAAAAAUGUUAAUGGAAAGCCCCAGGAGACCAUUUUAGGUAAGAUUUUUUUUGUUUGAAUUUUAAAAUGCAUAAAACAUUAAAAACCAGCAAUUUAUUUUCUAAAAUAUUGCUCUACUUUUGGGAAUAAUAGCAUUGGUAAUAUGCACAGGUUUACCUCAUUCUAUGCAAGAGGGGUUAAUAUCAUAAGGUUUUAUAGUUGCUACUGGAAGUAAAAUUUGUUACUUUAUAGUGUAAGAAUGUAUGGAAUCGCAUGUCAACAUUUCUUAAUACUGACUCUUUAGGGGCAUAAAUGCAGACCAUAUCAAUGCCAAGUUGAUUCUCAUGUGUCAGAUAUAUGUGAAUUCAGCUGUUAAAUUACUGGAUAUUUAUCUUAAACAACAUUACUGAGAGGGACCUACUGUAAAUGUGACAUCCUCACACUUCCCAAAUCUUUAACUUUUAAGAAUCUUCCUAUAAACUUAAAGCCUGGAAGACUUCCAAAAAGCAAGGGUUACAACAAUCUUUAUUCUCAGGCUUAGUGAAUUAAACCCAGGACUCCGAUUCCAUGAUAUGGGCACCAGAAGCCAGUUGUAUCGUGUGCUCUAACAGUACCCUGGGCUUAGGGGCUCUAUAGGGACCUGAAUAAACCAGGAGGGAUUUGGUUUGGAGCCUGGUAAUUAGUUCUGUGAAAUGCUCAUUUGUAGCCAGGUUUUAUAAGCUUCCAGUUCUACAGCAAAGCCAGGCUCUGAGUGUUUUCAGAUUUCCCACCUAUUUAUGAAGUGUUUCGUGUCUUAAUCCCAUGACCAACGUUAAAUGUUGGUAAGGACUUCCUACCGAAUAAACACAAUCUGAAGCCCUCUUCAUUGUUCAGACUCUAACUCCCUGCUGCCGAUGAACAGAAAAUGAGUUGAUGCAGAGGAGAUUUAUGUCUUAGCCACAACUCCAAGUGUACAACUCAGUAGCCCCAUUCUAUUCUACGGUUCAAAUGUACUGCUGACCUUGGGUUUGUUUUGUUUUUUUCCUGUUAGGAUUAUUUGGGGAUUUUUGGUAGUUUAAACUCUUUAACCUUUUCCUUGCUGUGUAUGAGGAAAGCUAAAGCUGUUAUCAACUUCUUAUUCUACGGAUACUAACACGGGUUUUCAGUGUUUGUUUGUUUUUAUUAUUAUUAAUUUUGUGUGAUGUGAAUACCCUCUCCCGUCAAUAUUUGUAUUAUGGUGCUAUAUAUUUGGUAAUGAUCCUUUACUAUUGGGAAGGGAUUUUAAAAAUACUGUGAUUAAACUGGGUUUCUUCCUUUGAUUUUCAUAUUUUAAAUACAGCCACAGUCAUUUAUACAAAAGAAAAGUAUCUGUCCCUGGGCAAAUCUUUUGAGGACAGAGGUCAAAGUAAACUGCAUAAGGUUUUUACAUCAUUUCUGUAUGUAUUUGAUAAAUAGAUCAAUAUCUGUACAAAUUUAAUCUUUUAUUUUCUUGGUAACUUGUGAUCAUUGAGAAAGUGUUUGAAACUUUCUCGUAAAGUGUAUAUAAUGGCGUGAAAAAUUCCUUUGGAGAAAUUUAUGUUCCUUUCAUUUUUACCAAAUUGCAAAUUUUCAGCAUGGAUGUGAAAAGCAUUAAAAUUAUAACUUUGUGUACAAGAUGAAAAUAAUUCACUAAAUUUGCCCUUUUUUACACAAAAUAAAACGUUAAAGUUAA